GCUCGUGACGCGAGAAGAAUGAGUCUCAGCUAGAGGUCCCAUUUUCGCGUCAGUUUCCCUUCAGGCCUUAACGCGAGACCUUUCGAGUGAAUCUUAAAAUUUUGUGACACAAAACCCAACCAUUUUAUACAAGAAAUUUCAAUGACAGUGUGGCUCCAUGUAGCCAUAAUCAUUUAAACUAAAAUUUAAACUUUAAAGUUCACGGAAGCAAAGAACGGAAAAACAAGUGACUGUGAUAUCAGAAGGGAUUUUGCCCCCACGCUAAUACAACGAACAUGUCCUCCGUGCUAAGUGCCGCGCCUUCCAUGGCUCGGUGCUGGCCCUCCCAUUCGGCACAAGCAAGAAGAUGGAUAAGUCGGAAUGUGCAGGGACGGUGUUUAGCAAUUCGUCGAGAAGAUCAGAGUGUGUGGGAAAGGCGAGCGCCUCUUGGACCUUCCCAUGUACGACAACUCGUGAAAGAUGGGGUGUCUGUCAUUGUACAGCCAUCGAACCGUCGUGCAUACCCAAUGCAGGCCUACCAAAAUGCAGGAGCCAAAAUCAAAGAAGAUAUUAGCGAAGCUCCAGUUGUCAUUGGUGUGAAGCAAGUACCAAUUGACCAGCUCAUUCCAAACAGAACAUAUUGCUUUUUCUCGCACACGAUAAAGGCCCAGGAAGCAAACAUGCCUCUGCUCGAUGCCAUCUUGGAAAAGAACAUUCGUCUUAUUGACUAUGAAAAAAUGUGUGACGAAAGAGGGCAGCGUGUCGUAGCUUUUGGAAAGUACGCUGGAGUUGCUGGUAUGAUUAAUAUUCUGCACGGGCUGGGUCUGCGACUUCUUGCAUUAGGCCACCAUACUCCAUUCAUGCACAUCGGUCCUGCCCACAACUACCGCAACACAGAAAUGUCGAGACAAGUAAUCCGUGACAGCGGAUACGAGAUAUCCUUAGGAAUGAUGCCCAAAUCUAUUGGUCCUCUGACCUUCGUCUUUACGGGUACUGGCAACGUGUCACAAGGGGCCCAGGAGAUAUUCCAAGAGUUACCUCAUGAAUACGUGUCUGUGGAGGCCUUGAGGAAGGUCUCCGAACACGGCGCUAUGAACAAACUGUAUGCAUGUGAAGUAAGCCGUCGAGACCACUUAGUUCGAAAAGAUGGUGGCAAAUACGAUGCAGUAGAGUAUGAGGAACACCCAGAAAGAUACAUCUCUGUAUUUGCUCAUAAGGUUGCCCCGUAUGCAUCAGUUAUUGUCAACGGCAUCUACUGGGCCGUCAAUUCACCAAAACUUCUAACAAUUCCCGACGCCAAGUAUCUGCUCCGUCCAAUUUACACGCCGUGGCUUCCAACUUCGCUGGGUUCUCCAUCGCUCCCUCAUCGAAUGUUGGCCAUCUGCGACAUCUCUGCCGACCCCGGCGGUUCCAUUGAAUUCAUGUCAGAAUGCACGACGAUCGACACUCCAUUUUGCCUCUAUGAUGCUGACCAAAAUAAGGAUACAAACAGCUUCAAGGGUCCAGGUGUCUUGGUGUGCAGCAUAGACAACAUGCCCACUCAGCUCCCGAGAGAAGCCACCGAUUUCUUCGGUUCCCUUCUCCUGCCCCACAUGUACGACAUCCUUCAGUCGGACAUUUCCAAGCCAUUCGAGGACCAUUCAUUCACCCAUGCUGUUCACGGGGCUGUCAUCACCAGCGACGCACAACUUACACCGAGUUUCAAAUACAUCGAAGAUCUCCGCGCUAGGAACAGCGCCUCAAGCAAGGCAGCCUUUGACAUGGCCAGCAAAUCCAAGAGAGUCUUAGUUUUAGGAGCAGGCUACGUGUCCGCCCCUCUCGUCGAGUACUUGGCCAGGGAUCCGAACACAGGAAUUCUUUUGGCGUCUGGUUUGCAAGACGAAGCAGAUGCCAUAGCUCAAAAGCACUCCAAUGUGGACUCCGUGCUCCUCGAUGUUGUGGAACGUCCUGACCUCUUGGCCGACCUGGUGAAGCAAGCUGAUGUUGUGGUGUCACUGCUUCCAUACGCUCUGCAUCCAGAAAUCGCUAAGGAAUGCAUCAAACAAAAGACAAAUAUGGUGACAGCCUCCUACUUGUCGCCCGGCAUGAGAGAGCUUCACGACGCCGCUGUUGAUGCUGGAAUUACGGUGGUGAAUGAAGUUGGUCUCGACCCUGGCAUCGACCAUCUUCUGGCCCUGGAAUGCUUUGAUGAGGUUCAACAAGGCGGCGGCAAAGUAGAUUCCUUCGUAUCAUUCUGUGGCGGACUUCCAGCGCCUGAAUUCUCGGACAAUCCUCUGCGGUACAAAUUUUCUUGGAGCCCUCGAGGCGUUCUUCUCAACACUCUGUCUGGUGCCAGAUACCUCGAGAACGGAAAGAUUGUAGACGUACCUGAAGGUGGAGGAUUACUGGAUACAACUGAAGAUUAUUCUUUCUUACCUGGACUGGCUCUGGAAGGUUUCCCAAAUCGUGAUUCUACCAUAUACGGGAAUCUCUAUGGAAUCACGGAAGCAAAGACCAUCUUGAGAGGCACACUCAGAUUCCGAGGAUUCUCCAAUGUAGUCAAAGGACUCCAGAGGUUGGGACUGAUUGACCCCAAAGAGCACCCUAUGUUGCACCCGCGGGGACCAGAUAUCACCUGGAGGCAACUCAUUUGUAACCUCCUCGGCCAGUUAGACAGCAAUAUUUUCCCCGAUAACCUCAGAGCUUUGAUCAAAGAACGGGUUGGCGACGAGAGCCAACUGGCAGGCAUCGAAGCUUUGGGACUGCUGCAGGAUGACUCGGUGGUCAAACUGGGCACGCCACUCGACACUCUCUCCCACUUCCUCAACAAGAAACUUUCCAUAAAGGCUGGUGAACGGGACAUGAUAGUUCUACGCCACGAGAUUGGCAUCACCUGGCCCGAUGGGAACAAGGAGCUUCGAGGCAUCAACCUGGUGUGCUACGGCGACUCCCACGGAUACUCAGCCAUGGCCAAGACGGUUGGCUACCCGGCUGCUGUGGCUACCAAGAUGGUGCUCGAUGGCGAAAUUCAAGGUGGUGGAAUGGUCUUGCCGUUUACUCGAGAGAUUUUCAAGCCCAUGAUUACCAGAUUACGGCAUGAGGGCAUAACAGCGACAGAAAAAUCAAAUUUUCUUUAAAAAGCCAACUUUGAGGACAUGUUACAACAGCGUUAAUGACUUACGAUUGAAAAGGAGAGAAUUUUCUAUUACAUAUGAUUCUGAAUACGUCUUUACAUAAGUUAUUCAAAUUGGUAUUCCGCUGAUAUAAGGAAGAAAUUAUACUUGACCAAAAUGUCUCUAGUGGAAAUACCAUUGUCUUUAUUUAAACGCAUGUUUUACGGACUUAAAACAUCGUCUAACAAAGAUAUGAUUGUAAAUGAGACUACAAUUUUCCGAUACCUCUCUUAUUAUGUAGUAAUGAAUCUUCCUAAAACCUACAUUUUAGAGAAGUAAGAUCAGUAGUAACUUCACCAGUCCCUCAUAAUUCUGGACAAUGUGAUAAUGUCUGUGCCUGUUUUAUAUUUGUACUUUCCUCGUGUUUAGGAGAGUUGAUUAUUACGUCUUAGAUGUAAUAGCAGAUCUAUUUUCUUAGCGAUUGCAAUUGUUUUUUUGUUGAUAGUAUCUAAAUGAGGUUUUUGAAGAAGAAUUUUAUAAGAAUACGUAAAUUAGCAAACAUGUAUAGAAGGAAUUCAUUUUAAGAGUUUGUGGAAAGAUGCAAUGUAUUUACUGUACACACAUCUUUGUGAAUGGUUAGAAAAAUACAUGUGAUUUUGCUAA